UUUUUGUGCUUGUUACUUGGACAAUGUUACCAUAUAACUGGCAUUAUAAAACUUUGCAUAUUAUGUAUGAUUUAUUUUUAUUCUUUUGUGAUUUAUUAUUGCAUGAUUUGGGUUGCACGCGAUAUGUUUGAAUGAAUGCCCGUUUCAAAAUAUUCUUCCAACUUUAACCGUUUUGCCAAUAUUCUUUCAACUUUAACCGUUUUGCCAAUGUUCUUAUAAAUUGGGAAAGCGGCUUAGAUCAAGAAGUAUUUUGGGUGUUUCAAUUUCUUACUUUGCAACUGUCAUAUCACAUUGGCAACUGAUACAUACAUACACAGAACCUACAAUAAAAUUUGUGCUAGUUGAGAAUGAAAAAAAAGGUGGAAUUCUAGUUGAUCACACCCAGACCAGAAGUGGGAUUUGUUGUAUUUGUUGAUGCAUUGACUACUGGAUAGCCAAAAUUUCAUUCUUGAUUUUGUCUUUUUUUUCUUUUCGAGAGGUUGGGAGAAGGAGUCAUUUCUUGGUGCAAUGAUCCGGAUAACAAACGAUAUGAUGUGGGUUUGAAUUUGAGAGCAAAAAAUUAUGCAAAAUAAUUUUAACAUCUUCUUCUCCUAACAUCUCGUGUCACCGAGAUCAGCACCAGGUAAGAUUCCUCUCAAAUCAUUACUGCCAAGUGAAGCAAGACCUCUCAGCUACACAGAAUGCUAAAACUACAUGAUUAAAACACCACUUACUAGCCCUCAUCAUUUCAUUACUUUCUGUUCUCACUAAUGAACAAAACCAUGAAGUUCGUUGCACUUCUCAGAACCGCUAGUGUACGUCCUACUCUUCCUGAAAUAACUGGGCCUUUGCAAUUCCGUUCCUUCCAACCUGACUUUGUUCCAAGAGAUCCCAAGGCCAAGCCUAAAAGUUACAAAUAUCCACCCUUUUAUGAUCCAUAUGGCCCUAAAACUCCACCUUCUGAAAAUAUAAUUCUGCUUGCUGAAAGAAUUGCUUCCCUACUCCCUGAAGAACGUGUUCAGAUCGGUCCCACUCUCAGAGAUACACUUAGGCAUCCGAAGAUGCAACCAAUUUCGGUUGAUGGCAUGGACUUGGGUCCCCUGGGAGGGAUUAGUGCUGAAUCUACAAAGGCUGAAGAGAAGAAGGCUGAGAAAACUGCAUUUGAUGUGAAGUUAGAGAAAUUUGAUGCUGCUGCAAAAAUCAAGGUAAUCAAAGAGGUCAGGGCUUUUACGAGCCUGGGAUUGAAGGAAGCCAAAGACCUGGUCGAAAAGGUACCUGUUUUGCUCAAACGUGGAGUGGCCAAAGAGGAGGCAAAUGCUGUGAUAGAGAAGAUGAAGGCUGCUGGGGGAGUUGCUAUGAUGGAGUGAAAUUUGUUGCUCGUUUUGUAGUUUUUGUUUUGUUCCAACGAGUUAUUUCAUUGUUGGAAAGUGGUAUUUCCCAAUAUUCUACUUCCUGACAUUUGAUUUAGAGUGAGCUAUUAACCAGAAAAUGAUGUUUGCUUCUCAACGUCUUUUUUCCAAAUCUAGCCUUUUCAAAAUACAAGAUUGGUCUUCACAUUGA